AUGCCCCGCUUCUUUACCACCACCGACGCCUCCCCGUUCUCCACACCGGGCUUCCCCCACUUCGACUUCCGCAACUGGUUUGUCCUCAACUGCCGCCACGGCCGUGCGCUCCUAGAGACCGACCGAUCAGGCCUCAUCGUCUGGAAUCCCAUCAUCGGCAACCUGCAGCACCUGCCGAAUCUCCUGUACAAGUACAACCACAACACUGGAGCGGUGCUCUGCACCGUGGACGGCUGCAACCACGUCGACUGUCGUGGGGGGGGGGGGACCUUCCGCGUGGUUUUCGCGGCCAGAACCUCUGAGGAGCACGGUGUCACAUGGGUCAGCGUCUACUCGUUGGAGACUGGAGAGUGGACCACGCGGACCUUAAUUCAGCUUGGCCCCUUCAUCGAUUCCCACAACAUGAUGGGGCCCAGUCUGCUCGCCGGAGACGCACUCUACUUCAUCAUUGAGGAGGGCCGCAAAAUCCUCAAGUAUGAUUUGGGCGGGGAUGCUCUAUCGGUGAUCAAACCACCACCCUUGUGUGUGGGAAACAUGGUCCUCAUGACGGCCGAGGGCGGCGGGUUGGGAGUCGCCGGUGUAAAGGACUACAGACUCCACCUGUGUCGUGGCGGGUUGGUAUCGAUGGACUUCUGGGACGAGCGCCGGGCAGGGUCCUCGGGCUAG